CAAAAGGCGCGUUGCAGACUGUAUUACAGCUCGGUUUUGAUAGAUGCUACAGAUUUUCUACUCCUUGGAAUAGUUUAGCUCCGUAAAAUUAUAUGAUGACUAGCUUUGUGACAAUUCAUUUGACAAGAUCAGAGUCGUGUACCCCUUGGGGAUUUAGGAUGUAUGGUGGAAAAGACUUUUCAUCAUCGUUUGUCGUGCAAAAGAUUAAUCCUGGAAGUUUAGCAGAGCGAGGAGAUCUCCGAAACGGGGAUGAAAUUGUAGCCAUUCAAGAUGUUGCCGUUGAAAAUAUGCUACACAAGGACGGACAAAAACUAGUUAUCGAUGCUGGAAACGCGCUAAAGAUUACAGUAAAAAGACAAGAUUCUGGAUAUGGUAGUGUAAGCGCUCCCCACCGACCUGCUGGCCAUCAACCAGUAUCCUACCCUUACAACCCACCUACUCCAGGAGCAGGAUUACAACAAAUGCAAUAUCAAGCUCCCCCGUCAUGGCAGAAACCUGCAACGGCUACCCCUUAUAAUCCCCCUCAGCAACAGUCAACUCCUUAUCAGGCUCCCCAGUCAAGUAGCUAUAGCUCUCCACAACAAUCGGCGGCUUCCUGGGAGCCUCCUAAACGCCGUAACCCACAGGCUAAACCUCAAGUUGUUAAGAAAUCUGACAUAAGAUUCUUAGAUUCAGCUGGUGCUAAUCAAAGAGCUCCUCAAUGUAACACGUGCCAUCAAAUGAUUAGAGGCCCGUUUAUAGCGGCCAUGAAUAAGGAAUUCUGCAAGCAGCAUUUUUCUUGCUCUCGUCCUGGAUGCUGCAAUAAUUUGGAGGAAGGAUUUGUUGAGGAGGAGGGAAAUAUCUAUUGUAUAUCUGAUUAUGAGCAAUAUUUUGCUCCGAGAUGUGCAAAGUGCUCCAGUCCAAUAGUCGGAGAAUGCGUUCAUGCUCUUCAGCAUACUUUUCAUCCGCAUUGUUUUCUUUGCGUACAAUGCAGACAGCCUUUGGGCUCAAAGAUGUUUCAUGUUGUGGAUAAAGAUGUUUAUUGCGGUGCUUGCUGGGCUAGAGACCAUCAAACCCUCUGCUACAGUUGCGACUUUACUAUCGAUCCAGGUGACAGAUGGAUAGAAGCUUUGGGACAAAAUUGGCAUUCUGAUUGCUUUAACUGCGCGGUUUGCCAAGUGAAUUUGGCCGACAAUGCUUUUUUCGUGAAAAACAAUAAACCUUUUUGUGAGCGGCACUCUAACACUAAAUUGGUUCGAGCAUAA